CUUAAUGAAUUUAUUAUACAUAAAUAUUAUGUAAAUCUAAGGUUCCUUUCUUACUCAUUGAGGAGAGCUCAAUUGUUGAUCUAGACAAGUGAACUUACUACUACCACUUGAAUGUUUAUUUCUAUGAAUAAAUAAAAAUCUUCAGAAGUUGAUAUAAACAGAAAUAUUUAUCGCUCAUACGGCUAAGGAACAAGCGCAGUGAGCACCACCUGUCACGUUGCCAUAGUGCCCCCGUCCACAACAAACUCACCUCACGUGGACUAGUUUCCUUCCCAUUUACUUCGCAAUAUUCAUCAGUUACCUGAUAUUUCUUUUGUCAUUGAAUUUUCAUGUGAUGUCCAGACACAUAAAUUUCAUCGCAGGGCCCUCACCUCGUCUCCACAGGAAAAAAUCUAAAAAGUUGACCCUGUGUUACGCGCACCCAAGAUUGGAAACCCCCGACGACGAGUCUGUCGUUCAAAAAGCCCGUCCGAAACCCCGACCCUCUCCCGGGGAUCAGCCAGCCGAAGAUGGUCUCUACGUAUCAUCAACAGGUCCAUUGACCCACAAUGCAGUGAAGCCCUACCAAUUGGGUCACCAGCGAGCCAUGGACACCCAGAGACUUCCCCAAAUACCUCAGAAAUUGUUGGAAAUCGGAAUUCGCGAGGUGACAAUCACUUCCGCGCCCCAAUCAAAAUUGUUAGAGAUCAAUUCCGUGUUAGUUUUGUUCCAGGAAAAAGUGAUAUGUAAAAUAGUGAGUCCAUUUAACCGUAAGUUGUACAAAUUACUGGUGAAUAACUCCUCAGACUCCAGCAAUUUAUCGUUGCGAGUGCAGUCCCGCGACGACUGCUGCAGUGACUUACCCUUUCCCCUGCCGACGCGAUGUGUCAAAGACAAAAAAAUGGAGAUAGAUUUUUCGAUUACCGAUCAUUCGGGCGUCUCACAUUCCGGAACAGUGAUGUACACGAUAUCUCUAUCAACUCAGGGCUGCCCUGAGCCCUUGGAACCACCGGUAUUCGCUUGCAAACCGACAAACGAUCCCAACGACCCUCAGAACUGUCUCUCCCUUCUGAAAGCUCGAAGAAAUAUCCGGAAAAAGCAUGUAGGGUACUUCACCCUGGAGGAUCCAUCGCUGACCCUCCAGAGCGAAGAGGUAGAAUUGCUGAAAUCCAAGAAAAAGGAGAGGGAGAAGCUGCCGGACCUGGUGAUCCUGGAGCAGCCAGUAUUCUCGUUCAUGUCACUCUGGGACAUUUCCUUUGGGAACUGGUUACAAGCGAGAAGACCACUCAGACCGUCAUCAGGCACGUCAGGCCCCAAAUUCCGAGGAGGAAGGGAUGAAGUUCUUACGAUAACCGUUUUAAGAGCCGUAGAGGUACCUGUCCGGGAAGAAUCCACUCUAGUGCAGCCAAUAGUCCAGAUCCAAUGGGGAGAGUUGAAACAGGCAACAUCGGCCUCCGAAGGAGCAGCCCCAGUCUGGCAACAGACGAUGCACUUUGGAAUACCCUCACGAGGAAGGGAUUCAAGCAUAAAAUUGUCACUUUAUGAUCAGCACCCCGUCUGGGGUCUUCAGUGGCUCGGGGAAGCCCUCAUCCCCCUGGAGUCCCCCAGAACUUACCAGGAGGUGGAGAAGUGGAUCGGUUUGUCUUCUCUGAGCAGCCCAGUCGUUCGUCUGGGAUACGUCCAAGCGAGUCCCGUUCGGUCAUACACCAGAAUCUACAUACUGAUGCGAAUGGAAAGACAUACGAAUGGGGAGACCUCGGAGAUGAGCUCUCUGGGAAAUUUAUCAAGAGCCAUCCAACGGUGUCUGGUAACUCCCUAUAAAAUAUCAGGAACUGAGAGCCCCGAAGAUGCCGCGCGACUCGCGAUGCUGUUGACUCCUCUGCCCUCGCAGUAUGGACCGCUGACACCCAGACAGGCUUUGAAACUUAACAAGAUUGAUCAUUACGGACGAGCAGCGCUGUUAGCCACUCUUCUUCGGGGCCUGGGGUUUGAGGGUUACGUUUUGAUAGCCAGUUCCCAGGCGAGGAAUUGGGCGGCUUUUGUCGUUUCGAUUAAUGAGAAAAGAGAGUAUGUGCUCUGGGAUCCUGAGAACGGGGAUCAAUAUAGUUUUGGAGACUCUAGGUGCUCGAUAAUCAAGAUUCUGAGAAUUAUUAAUCAUCAGAACGUUUGGAAAAACCUCCAAAAAACGACGACCUUAUCAAACAUAAAAUUCAACACAAAAAUCCCGAACGACUGGCAAGCGUGUGGCGCGGCCUCCACAGCUGUAUUGCACGAGCCGCAACUCCUCGAGAUAGAAGGUGCAAUGAGAGACGCCGACGAGGAUAAAGAUGCACACCUAGAGAUAGAGGCCCACCUGAAAGACAGAUUAUCGCAGUGGAGGAGUGGAAUGGGCCUCACAACUGUCUUCAACCGCCACGCAAUGUCUGUACUGCGGAGUUUCCUGAUGAAAUUAUCCAGCCGAGUCGAUGGACAGCUCGAAAAAAAGGACCUGAGACAGCUGUAUCGCGCCUAUCACCUUCACGGAUUCGUGCUGAACCUCCGCUGGUCUCCGAUGGACGAAUUAUUAGAAUUAUUCGCCACCACACGUAUACAGGAGGUCACUGGACCCGUGGAAUUCGCUCUAGUUUGCCACUUGCAGCGGUACGUGGGUAAAACAUCAUCACUUUGGUUGGCUGUCGUAAUACUGAGAAAUCGAGACUGAUGAAGAACAAAAUU